GAGAUAGCCUAACUCGCCUUUUCCUCCAGAGAUUGUUCCCCAGCACCUCUGACAACCUAUUCUACCCCUCAUCGGUCCGAUCCGUAAUCAGCCCGAAAACACCACAACAAAUCCGUUCGCGAUGGCGACUUCUGUGCAAACACCUACGAACCCCGACCAGCAGGUCGACCUCUCCACCAUUCCCAUCUCCCCCGAGGGCGGUGAGAAGAGCGAGACCAAGGAGAACGACUCGGAGAAGCCUGUUACCGUUUUCCACGACAAGGAGAACUUCAACGUCAAGCACCCUCUGCAGAACAAGUGGACUCUCUGGUUCACUAAGCCCCCCAGUGGAAAGGGCGACAACUGGAAUGACCUUCUGAAGGAGGUCAUCACCUUCAACUCAGUCGAGGAGUUUUGGGGUGUCUAUAACAACAUCGCCCCCGUCUCCGAGCUUGCCCUCAAGUCCGACUACCAUCUCUUCAAGGCCGGCGUUCGCCCCGAGUGGGAGGAUGCCCAGAACAAGCACGGCGGCAAGUGGUCCUACCAAUUCAAGGAGAAGCGCAGCAUCCCCAUCGACGAUCUCUGGCUUCACGUCAUGUUGGCCGCUAUUGGCGAGACCCUUGAGGCUGAGGACGACGGAGAGGUCAUGGGUGUUGUCGUCAACGUCCGCAAGGCUUUCUUCCGUAUCGGUGUCUGGACCCGUACCAUUGGCAAGAGCAUUCCUGGCCGUGGUGACGGAGAUGUGGCUGGUGGCAAGGGACGCUCGCAGGAUAAGGGCCGUGACAUCCUCCUGAACAUCGGCAAGCGCUUCAAGGACAUCCUGAACCUCCCCGCCAACGAGGUUGUCGAGUUCUCCGGCCACACGGACAGCGCACACAGCGGAAGCAGCCGUGCAAAGGCCAAGCACACUGUCUAAAGCGAUGGACACAGCCUCUGAAAAAACCACAGAAACGAAUUACACAAGCUUGCACCACAUGCUCACCAACGCAUUUUAUUGGAACCUAUGGGCUCCACUACCAAUCGAGAAGGCCGACUUCCGUCUGCACGGCAUCACUUCUCGUUGCACUUUCUCAGCCGACUUCUUUUUAUUUUUUAUUUUUUGCCUGAUGCCAGUGGGGGGAAUACGGGGGCAAUGCUACGCUAUGCA